AGUGAAGGACGGUAUUAAAAACCAAGCUCUGGGUGUCAGGCGUGCUGGUGGCCAUCGGGUGUGGCUCCUGGGCCCUCUCCGCCGACAGAGCAGAUCCCAUCACAUAGGACAAGUAUGCAUCUUAAGGUCCUGAAGAAAAGGCACAAAAUGUCCAAGUGAUGCUUAGAAAUAAUCUGUGAGGGCGUGCCGGGGAAAUCAUGCAGCCAUCAGGACACAGGCUCCGCGACGUUGAGCAUCAUCCUCUCCUCACUGAAAACGACAACUAUGACUCUUCGUCGUCCUCCUCUUCCUCCGAGGCCGACGUGGCCGACAGGGUCUGGUUCAUCCGUGACGGCUGUGGCAUGAUCUGCGCCGUCAUGACGUGGCUUCUGGUCGUCUAUGCAGACUUCGUGGUGACGUUUGUCAUGCUGCUGCCUUCCAAAGACUUCUGGUACUCCGUGGUCAACGGGGUCAUCUUCAACUGCCUGGCCGUGCUCGCCCUGUCGUCCCACCUGCGGACCAUGCUCACCGACCCCGGGGCAGUGCCCAAAGGGAACGCGACGAAGGAGUACAUGGAGAGCCUGCAGCUGAAGCCGGGGGAGGUGAUCUACAAGUGUCCCAAGUGCUGCUGCAUCAAGCCCGAGCGCGCCCACCACUGCAGUAUUUGCAAAAGAUGUAUUCGGAAAAUGGAUCAUCACUGCCCCUGGGUGAACAAUUGUGUAGGAGAAAAGAAUCAGAGGUUUUUUGUGCUCUUCACUAUGUACAUAGCUCUGUCUUCAGUCCAUGCUCUGAUCCUCUGUGGAUUUCAGUUCAUUUCCUGUGUCGAGGGCAGUGGACCGCACCAGAGGGGACAGCCGCCCUCUGGGUGGCCUGGAAGGCUGGCUGUGGCCCCGCCCCAUGGAGCUCUGGGGACGCCCCCACCCUCACUGCUGUCCCCGCUGUUCAGCCCCUGCUCCGACAAGCCAGGGCCCCCCCAGCAAGGCCUGGAGGAGGAGCCGGGCCUGGGGGCAAAGGGCCCGCACAGCUACACGUGCAGGGUAAGGCCGGAGGACGAGGGGCAGCUGGCUCCCGGGGGCGGGGACCAGACGCGGACUCGCCGCCCCAGGUCAUCCUGGGCUGAGGCCGCAGGCUGGUGGCCGUGGCCCAGAUCUGCCCCGAUGGGGCUGAUGCAAUGCCCCCAGCCAGCUGCUGAGAUCUGCAAGUCGGGAGGUCCCCUAGAAGUUCAGACCCACGGCUUCCCCGGCGCCAGCUCCUCGUGA